AUGGAUCAGGUAGGUUUUUGGGGGUUUCUAAUAUAAAAUUGGACAUAAUUUUAGCCUGGAAGAACGGAGAGUUAUCGUGUGGCGACUUCUAACAAUUUGGUGCAAGAGACGGCGCCAUUAAAACCUCCUGACCCAAUCCCAACUCCCGUUGUUACCCAAAAAACUGAGUCAAAGACAGGACAAAUGGCUAAAGCUCCGGCCAAAAAGGUUGAUGAUAAGAAAAACAAGCAAGAUCAGCUGAACGAGCUUAAGAAGGAGGUGGAGAUGGACGAGCACAAAGUCCCACUGGAAGAAUUAGUGGCUCGUUUGAACACCGACCUUGUUAAUGGUCUGACUACCCCUCAAGCCGACGAAAUCUACCGUAGGGAUGGCCCCAACGCGUUGACUCCUCAGAAGGGCACUCCAGAAUGGAUUAAGUUUUGUAAAAACUUGUUUGGAGGCUUCGCUAUGUUACUUUGGAUAGGAGCAAUCUUGUGUUACAUUGCCUAUGGAAUGGAUUGUUUCUCUUUGGAAAACCCGUCCAAGGAUAAUCUCUACUUAGGCCUGGUAUUAAUGGGAGUGGUGAUAAUCACAGGAUGCUUCCAGUAUUACCAGGAAAGCAAAUCUUCCAAAAUCAUGGAAUCGUUCAAGAACAUGGUACCUACGGUAAGUUUCUACGAUAACUGUUAUAUUGACAUUGAAAAGCAGAAGAUAAUAUUGCACAACAUGAAAAAACUGAAAAUUCACAAUAAUUUUAGUUUGCAAUUGUUUAUCGCGACGGAAAGAAAGUGCAACUGUCUACAGAAUCUCUGGUGGUUGGAGAUGUUGUCGAAGUAAAAGGUGGAGAUCGCAUUCCAGCUGACAUCAGGAUAACUUAUGCCAUGGGUCUGAAGGUGGACAAUGCAUCUUUGACUGGAGAAUCUGAGCCUCAAAGUAGAGCAACUGAAUGCAGUAGCGAUCGUCCAUUGGAAACCAGAAACUUGGCGUUCUUCUCUACUAACGCAGUUGAAGGUACUGGAAAAGGUGUGGUCAUUGGUACUGGAGAUCGUACUAUUAUGGGACGGAUCGCUCACUUGGCCGCCGAUCUUGAAAGUGGUCAAACACCCAUUGCUAAGGAGCUGGAGCACUUUAUCCACUUGAUUACCUCGGUUGCCGUGUUUCUGGGGGUUUCAUUCUUCUUCAUCGCCAUCUUCCUUGGUUAUCACUGGCUGACAGCUGUGGUGUUUCUUAUCGGAAUCAUUGUCGCCAAUGUUCCUGAAGGUAAGCCUCAGGGUUUUUAUGCAGUUUUAUUGAAUGAAACUGUAAAAGUCAACAAGUCUAUUUUGUAUAUUUGCAGGAUUGAUCGCUACCGUUACUGUAUGUCUUACAUUAACUGCGAAGAGAAUGGCAUCUAAAAAUUGUUUGGUCAAAAACCUUGAAGCCGUGGAAACUCUGGGCUCUACUUCGACAAUCUGCUCAGACAAAACUGGCACACUGACACAGAAUAGGAUGACUGUAGCCCAUGUAUGGUACAAUGACGAGAUUAGAGCUUGUGAUACUAAUGAAAACUACUCACAAGCAGAGAAGAGGACAAAAAGUGAUACGGAAGUCAACCUGCUGCGUGUUGCUUCUUUAUGUAACCGUGCUGAAUUCAAGCCUGAUCAAGACAACGUGCCCAUCUCACGACGAGAGUGUACUGGAGAUGCAUCUGAGAUAGCCUUGCUUAAGUAUACUGAGAUUACGCAAGGUAACAUCAUGGCAUACAGAAGAAGAAACCCGAAGUUGGCCGAGAUUCCGUUCAACUCCAAAAACAAGUAUCAGAUCUCUAUCCACGAUACUGAAGACGAGGACAACCGACUUCUUGUAGUCAUGAAGGGAGCGCCAGAACGAGUAUUAGAGAAGUGUUCUACUAUUAUGCUUAAAGAUGGAGAGGUUGAGAUGACUGACGACAUGAAGAAACGUUUUAACGAUGCUUACCUAGAGCUUGGAGGGCUAGGAGAGAGAGUACUCGGAUUCUGCGACUACAGAUUGGAUUCUUCCAAGUACCCCAAGUCAUUCAACUUCAACGUCGAAGAUGUUAAUUUCCCCAUUGCUAACUACCGGUUUGUCGGUCUUAUGAGUAUGAUCGACCCUCCGCGAGCUGCCGUGCCUGAUGCUGUAGCUAAAUGUCGAUCAGCAGGUAUCAAAGUUGUUAUGGUUACAGGAGACCAUCCCAUCACGGCUAAAGCUAUUGCCAAGUCCGUUGGAAUCAUCAGCGAAGGCUCAGAAACUGUAGAAGACAUUGCCAUCAGAAAAGGGAUUCAGAAGGAAGACGUCGACGAGAACGAAGCAGCGGCUGCCGUUAUUCACGGCACUGACUUGGAAGGGAUGGAUUCCAAUCAGCUGCUGGAGACCAUCAACAAACAUUGUGAAAUAGUUUUUGCAAGAACUUCGCCGACUCAGAAGCUGCUCAUCGUGGAAGCGUUCCAGAAGCAAGGACAGAUCGUGGCUGUAACUGGCGACGGUGUCAACGAUUCUCCGGCAUUGAAGAAGGCUGAUAUUGGAGUAGCCAUGGGCAUCACCGGGUCUGACGUAUCGAAACAAGCUGCCGAUAUGAUUCUGCUGGAUGACAACUUUGCUUCGAUUGUAGUAGGAGUAGAAGAAGGACGUCUGAUCUUUGACAACUUAAAGAAGUCGAUUGCGUAUACGUUAACAUCGAACAUCCCUGAGAUUUCACCGUUCCUUAUGUAUAUCUUGUUCGGCAUUCCUCUGCCUCUUGGGACCAUUACUAUUUUGUGUAUCGAUCUUGGUACUGACAUGGUAAGUGAGAUUUUUUGUAUUUUUAUCGUUAGCUUUAAGGGUACACUUAUAUAUUUUAAAACUGUUAAUGACAUUUAUUUUUAUAGGUUCCGGCCAUUUCUCUUGCUUAUGAAGAAGCGGAAUCAGACAUCAUGAAGCGCAAGCCUCGAGACCCAUCGAGAGAUAAACUAGUCAACGAAAGACUCAUCUCUCUUGCUUACGGUCAAAUUGGAAUGAUACAAGCCUCUUCUGGAUUCUUUACCUACUUUUGCAUCAUGGCCGAAAAUGGAUUUUACCCCUCGAGAUUGUACCAGAUUCGUGCCGAAUGGGAUUCUAUGGCCGUCAACAAUCUUCGCGACGAUUAUGGCCAAGAGUGGACUUACACCAACAGGAAGAUCCUUGAGUACACUUGUCAUACUGCUUACUUUGUGUCGAUUGUAAUAGUACAAUGGGCUGACCUUAUCAUCUCCAAGACUCGACGCAACUCCCUCGUCCAACAAGGAAUGUCUAACUGGGCCAUGAACUUUGGACUGUUGUUUGAAACUGCGUUAGCGGUAUUCUUGUGCUACUGCCCAGGAUUGGAUGUAGCUUUGCGAAUGUAUGGAUUACGGUGAGUUGGUUUCUUUUCCAAGUGGUCUACUUAAAAAUUAUUAAUAAAAUUUUCACAAACUUUACACUGUAAUUUCAGAUUUGCCUGGUGGCUCUUCCCUUUGCCAUUCUCCAUACUCAUCUUUGUAUAUGAUGAAGUACGACGUUAUUUGAUCAGGAAAUACCCCGGCGGUUGGGUAGAAAAUGAAACUUAUUACUAA